CAAGCUGCCUGCGGCUGCCUGCCUUUGGCAAACGUAUGGCGCCGAUGGGGUCGACUGCAGAUGUCCUGCCAAAGGUGCUGGACUUUGUUCCCCUCGAUUUGCAUCUCAUCUCCCAGCUACGUGCGGUCAACAAGGGCACAACUGGAGCCUACGUGGUGGAGAGAGAGCAUCAAGCGAUUGAAGGCCUUCUUGAAUCGAGAAUAUGUCCUUGCCUUUCAAGUGCUCAAUCCAAGUGAAGAGGACUUCAUACGACAACUUGGGCUCGCUCAACGGCUUAGAAUGUGGGUCAACUCUCCUUCAGCUGAAAAUGCAAGGGUGGAGAGUUGAAGGAGAAGAAGUGAAGAAGUUGAGUCUACCCCCCGUGGGGCACUUGGCAGGAUGAGGCAAGCAACGGACGCCUUGUGUGAUGAAUGGCAAACUGAGAAGCUGCAAGACAUCCUUCGAGACAUGGGGCGACAGGCCGGAUCCCUUUCUCUUCCUACAACAUCCUUUGUGUGAUGUCCCGGUCGUGCAGCUGAACGACCUGGAUCGGCUCACUGAAAAGCGGUACAAGAGGCUUUUUUUCAUCGAUUGGCCCGGCGAGGGCUUGUUAAAAAGCAAGUUGUUGACCUCGUUGCAAAGCCUUUUGGACGGCAAGGUGAACUCAGGUGGCCCCUUUCGCUUGGUCUACCGGAACCAGGAUUUGGAGACGGACACGACCUUCAAAGUGGUGGCGCAGUUCUUCGGUCUUUGGCCGCAGCUCCCCAUCCGUGGCGCGUACAUGGGCGUCCUGAGACUCCGCUGGAGAGACACGGUGCUCUUCGUGGUGCCCAGCUCUUCUCUACUGGGGGGUGGACCCUUCCGCGAGGCGCUGCUACGCCCCGAAGAGGAUGCCGUGCACGAGGCAGUGAUGCCGGUGGUGCCCGGUCAGGUGGUGGAUCCUAUGUUGUUCCCACUGUCUAACCGUCCGGUGCUGCUGCCGGCGGGGGCGGAGCUCUUGGGCGCGGACCUGCCAGGCACCUCCUGCGAUGCCGUGUGCGAGGAAGCGGGCCUGGAAUGCCAUCCCGAGGAUCUUCCCUUCAUCAACAGCUGUCGUGCUCUAGAAGCUCUCAAUUGCAGGCGUUGUGAGGCAGAUGAGGGGCCAGAUCAACCAGCACAGGAGGUGCAGGGCGCGCGUGCGGGCCGAUGCUUGUACAACGGCAAUUUGGGCCGUUUUCCUUUGGCCUGUGGCGCCUCUCAUGUGGGGACGCGGCGCUUGUGUGUGUGUCGCGAGCGCAUCGCUUUGGCCGCCGUCGCGCAGACCACGGAGGCUACGAGCACUGAAAGGCCCAAAGCACCGGUGCUCGAGGCGCCCGUCACCGCUCCCCCCGCGCUGGAUGCGUUGCUGCCGCAGAACUUGGCGGUGCUGGUCUUGGCCAGUGGCCUGCGUCCUCGUUCCUUAGAGCGCUCCUUGCAGUCCUUGUCCCAGGCCUACGGAUACAACAAGCACAUGGUCUUCGUGUCGCAGGAUGGCGAUGGCGAUCAGGCCAAAAUCACGGCUCAGAAGUUCCGCGUCGGCUGGCAGCAGGUGGACACAGGUGUGAAGUCCGCCGGAGAGAAGGAGGCGCUGCACUACAAACUGGCCCUGGAGCACGUGGUGUCCGCCAAGGGCCCCUUUCGUGAUAAACCAGCGCUGGUGAUCCUAGAAGAAGACGUGGUUGUCUCGUACGACAUCCUCUUGUACUUCGGUCAGCUCCAAGCGGUGCUUCAGUGGGAGGACAUCUUCUCCGUGAGCGCCUGGAACGAGAACGCCUUGGGCCCCUACAGCUCCGAUCCGCACCGCUUGCUGCGCGUCGAUGCCUUCUCCAGCGUGGCUUGGAUGGUUUCCACGGAGCACCUGGUGCGCUCUUUGCUGCCACAAUGGCCUCGGAACUUCUGGCAGAAGCACUGGAGACGCUCUUCCUUCGGGCGGAAGCAGCAUAUCAUCCCUGAGAUGCCACGCGUGCGGGUGGAGCGAGCACAAGGGACGCCCCUAUCCAGUAUGGUGGUCCCGACCAGCUUCCGUGACAACUUGGCCUUGGCAGAUCUGGGAGACCUCCAUCGCCUCAGUUCGGAGGCGUAUAGCGCGAAGCUCGUCGAGGAGUUGCGCUCAGCCACCUUGGUUGAAGACCUUCGAGUUCUCCCUUCACCGCUCAAGCUGAAGGAGGAGCAAGGCAGUGAGGUCUCCAAUUGGCGCAUCCACUACGAGAGUGCACAGCCGGAGAGCGAUGGCACCUGGAGUGUUUUGGCUCGAUUUCUUCAGCUGCCGGAGGGCACUCAGCCACCACUGCUCCAGGGUGUGAUCAAGAUCCCAUGGGGUGGUCGAGGUCGAUCGGUCAAGUCGUCACCGUCGAUGCUGGUUACCUCCCUCCCUCGCCGUGGCGGACCCUGGCGGCGAAGCGCGGCGAAAGCCGCGUUGGUGUUGGCAAAGAAGAUCGAAGAUCCCGUUGGGAUCCAGGUUUCUCAGGUUCGGUACUUUCCUGGACCCGACGUGACUUGGCACCUACAUAACUCUGUCGAACCAAUCACCUUAAUGUUCGGUACUUGGAUCCCUGGCCGGGAGUGCGAAGACCCGACUCUACGGUCCGUAGCGGACCGAACUCCCUUCGUCCGGUGCGGAAUCAGCCGGAGUUGGGAGUUGGUCUCCGGGUCGUAUAGCGGUCUUGCGACCGGGUCUGGUCGUGUGCAUGAGGUCGUGCAGGUUCCGCGCGCGCGCGCGCCCUGGUCAUGCAGAGCACUUGGGUUUUCCGCUCUGCACGUUCAUUUGACCUUUCAUUUGACCUUUUUGCUUGUACCUUUCAUUUGACCGGGUCUGGUCCUGGUAGACGUGUUGUGUUUUUGCUGCGAAGGCUCCCAAUGCCUUCAACACUGGCCUGCUCACUCACUUGGACCGCUGUCGCAUGCGGCGACUCGCCCAAUCGCCAGCAAUAAAGGAACCCAACAGUAUAGUGAGAAGGAUCAACAUCCAUGGGUUCAAGGAUUGCUGGUGAAGUGGCUGUUCUCAAAGAAAUACCAGGUGGCCAUGGAACGACACAUAACAAGAAUGUCAAAGCUG